AUGGUCACUGCGAAAGAAGAACGAGACCUGAGAGAAGCCGUCGCGGCUUCUCUCAAGGCCAACGAAAACCGUCCAAGUUUUCAGAACAAGCCCGACAGCCAUCACCGGCUCGACACAGAACCCAUUGCAAGGAACGAGGAUUGCACAGCCGCCAUUCUUGACCCGUCGAGGCUGCCGCCAUUUCAACAGGCACAAACUAUAGGAAGUGCCGAUUUUCAGCAAAGACACGUCGUGGAGCGUUUCAAGAUGCACUUCGCCGAGGUCGAAUUAAACGAGGGCGAUACGCUCGUUUUUGUCGAUUUCCCCGAGCCAAGCAAAGGCAAGCCACCACCGGUAGACUGCGAUGGCGUGCCGUUUCGCUCGCAAAAACUUCGAGUACAUUCCGAGAAGCUUCUGGCAACGGGCUCUUCUCGACUUGCCGACAUGUUCCAGCCGACGUAUCAAUUCCGCGUCGUCCGCCGCCGAAAGCUCGUUAAUCAGUUGCCAGAGGGCAUCAAGUACGUCCUGGAUCUAACACCGCCAUCCGAGGGCGAGGAAAUGGUCUUCCAAAUUACAGAACUAUCCCUGACGCCUGGAAUUAUCAAAUGGUGGUCCUCUUAUGCCAGGCUCGAGGUUCCCUUUUUCCUCGUCAAAGGUCACGAUGAUGUCUGUCCUUGCAAGGACCUCGCUGAUCGUUGCAUGACCGCCGCGAUGAUAGAGCCUAUUUCUGCCAAAGAAAAGCAUAUGCCUGGGAACGGAAAAAGCUUUGUCGCGAUGCUUCCUCUAUCCGUGUCGGAACUUACUAGUGCCCGGAAUCACGGAAAAGAGCUUCAAAUUCAGGAUAUACCCGCCCAUUUCGAUAUCCAAGACUAUUGUCCCAUUCGACACCGUAACGGAAUCAUACGCCUACUCAUGCUAAUUGAAGGCAAAACAGUCUUUAUGGACUCUGCGCCGCGUCUAUGGACUUUGGUGGGCCUCGCCAAGAUAUGGGACUGUGUCUCUGCUGUUCAGGAUCCAGCGAUUCAAUGGCUACUGCAGGGCAAAAACAGCAAGUUCAUCGAAGUCCUUCCAGAGGAAGCCAUCAGGAUUGGCGGAAUUAUCGAAAGCCCCCAAAUUACGCGCACCGCUUUCAGAAUUCUCGUCAACGAGCUUGCUUUUGAGAAGACGGCCACCGACAAGAUGAAGGAACAGGUUGAUUUCAGUCACGUCACACUUUUUGGCAGACGGAAAGGUGAUCCUGGCGACGAAUUCAGCAACCUGAUUCAGCACGCUGCCUUGGCAUUCGUUGAGCGCAUGACGAGCCGGCUGGCUGAGUUGCACAGUCCGGAUGUUUUGGAGGCGUGGAAGAUCCCCGAGUACAUGAAGCUCCUCAAAAUUGAAGAGGCUCUGGUAGCCGAGAACUCAGACUCGUGCAAAGACGCACUGGCACUCAUAUCAAGGCUCAAAUCACAGCUUCGACUAGUACUGGCCCAUGAUAUCAACCUGUUGAAUCGACGCCUUUUUCUGACACAGUCGAUUGAUCGGAAAGAGAUCGACUCGGACAGAGCUACAUAUGUUGAGCCGAAAGACUUUCAAGAAUUCCCAGAUAUUUGGACGGCCAUGACGCCAGUGCAAAAAUUAAUGACGCAGUAUCCGUACAAGCAGUUCGAAGCCGCGUGGAGACGCUGGGUCGAUCUCAAUCAGCGGGAAAAUGGUUCGCACUCUUGCACGGCCGAAGUGACUCAGGCCCUGGGAAACGAGAUGGGCAAACUUUACAAGCUCUACAUGAAUCAUCAUCCAUGGACCGGCGACAUUAACCCUGAUUUGUAUAACAUCCUGUCUGAGAAUUGGCUGCAGCCGCAAGACUGCCUGUACCCGCUCACACAGGACAGGCUAGACUUCGAUGUGAGGUCGAAGCUUGUAGAGCUGAGCGUGAAGAUGCUGGACAGCGAACAAGACUUACCAACCAUUAACACCAAACACCUCCUGCUCUCACUGACGACCAACGAGACCAAGUUCUUGCCUUUGUGGGCAGGAGGAUGCAACGAUGGAACUGGCGGCGUCUUUGAGGAUCAAUUGCCACCAGCAUACAUGGGCCCCAACGGCCCCGGUCCAGCAUACCACACUGGCAUCACCAUUACCUCCAAUGCAUCGAGUCUGUCGGGCUCCUUUGUUGAUGACAUGUCGGGCAUGAACAUGGCGGGCAGCGCCACAGCCGCAUCUGUGGACGUGAACGACAGCAUAUCGACCAUCUAUCGGCCGGACCAGGUCAUUACGGACGACAAGUCGAUUGCGUCUGAGAGCUUCUACUCCGACUUUGCCGACUACCACGAGGCGCGAGAUGACGUCGCGGCGCCCAGACAACAGAAGAGGGAAGUCGUCCCGCAAUCCCUCGACGAGUUUCUCCAGGCGACAGAUAGCGACUCAGACUCGACCGCUACCAUGGGUUGCGACGAUUAUGACACGCUGGACGACGACGACUUGUACAUGUCGAGCCAGCCCGACUCUGUGGCUGAGCAAGAAGGAACGGAUGCGGAAAUGGUAGCGGCCUAG